AUGGCGGAAGGAGGAGCGGCCGAUCUGGAUACCCAGAGAGGAGAGGUCGCGGCACUGCUGAAAACACAGCUAAGAAAGGGAGACACUUGGUACUUGGUGGACAGUCACUGGUUCAAACAGUGGAAGAAAUAUGUGGGAUUUGAUAGCUGGGACAAAUACCAGAUGGGAGACCAGAAUGUCUACCCAGGACCAGUUGAUAACUCUGGUCUUCUUAAAGAUGGGGAUGUGCUGGCCAUCAAGGAGCACCUCAUUGACGAGCUGGACUACAUCCUUGUCCCAACGGAGGGCUGGAAUAAGCUCGUCAGCUGGUAUGGGUUGUCGGAGGUUCAGGAGCCAAUUGCGCGCAAGGUGGUGGAACAGGGUAUGUUCGUGAAGCACUGCAAGGUGGAGGUGUACCUGACGGAGCUGAAGCUCUGUGAAGACAGCAACAUGGACAAUGUGAUCACCAGACGCUUUAGUAAAGCUGACACAAUAGACCUGAUAGAAAAGGAGAUGAGGAAGCUGUUCAGCAUCCCCGAUGAGAAGGAGACCAGGCUUUGGAACCGGUACAUGAGCAACACCUUUGAGCCUCUCAACAAACCUGACAGCACUAUCCAAGAUGCGGGCCUCUACCAAGGACAGCAACAGCAGGCGGAGUCUCAGUUUCUUUCUUCAUGCUGUCUCCUGCAGGUUCUCGUAAUAGAGCAGAAGAAUGAGGAUGGCACAUGGCCCCGAGGCUCCACAGCACCCAAGUCAUCUGGUGCUUCCAAUCUCUCUGCUUUGCCAAAGAUCUCGCCUUCAUCUCUCACAAACAAUCAUAACAGCAGCUUCAACAGCAGGAAUGUGAAGAAUUCGAGCUAUAGUCUGCCAUCCUACCAUCCUUACAGCAACAGCUAUGACUACUCAGACCAGAGCAGGCAGAGUGAGCGCUCAGGUCUCUGUGGACUCUCCAACCUGGGCAACACCUGCUUUAUGAACUCUGCUGUGCAGUGUUUAAGCAAUAUCUCUCCACUGACGGAGUACUUCCUCAAAGACAAGUACACAGACGAGCUGAAUGAGGACAACCCGCUGGGCAUGAAGGGGGAGAUUGCCAGAGCCUACGCGGAGCUCAUCAAGCAGCUGUGGUUGGGCAAAUAUAGCUACGUCACCCCAAGGCCUUUCAAGACCCAGGUGGGCCGCUUUGCCCCCCAGUUCUCGGGCUACCAGCAGCAGGACUCUCAUGAGCUGCUGGCCUUUCUCCUGGACGGCCUUCAUGAGGACUUGAACCGCAUCAGGAAGAAGCCCUACAUACAGCUCAAGGACGCUAAUGGCAGGCCUGAUAAGGUGGUGGCAGAGGAAGCGUGGGAGAGCCACAUCAAGAGGAAUGACUCCAUCAUUGUGGACAUCUUCCAUGGCCUUUUCAAGUCCACCUUGGUGUGUCCCGUGUGCUCCAAGGUCUCUGUGACUUUCGACCCUUUUUGCUACUUGACUCUACCACUACCCAUGAAGAAGGAGCGCACACUAGAGGUUUAUUUGGUCAGAUUGGACCCUAUGGCCAAACCCACACAGUACAAGCUGACUGUGCCGAAGGUGGGCUACAUCUCCGACCUGUGUACCUCCCUCUCCAGCCUGUCUGGUGUGCCUGCUGAGAAGAUGAUUGUAACUGACAUCUACAACCACCGCUUCCACCGGAUCUUCGCCACUAACGAGAACCUCAGCAGCAUCAUGGAGAGAGAUGAUAUCUACGUGUUUGAGGUAGCGGUGAACAGGGUGGAGGACACAGACCACGUAGUGAUCCCAGUGCACCUGAGGGAGAAGUACAAGCAGUCAGGCUACAACCACACCAGCACGCCGUUGUUCGGACAGCCUUUCCUCAUCGCCGUCCCCAGAACCCUCAGUGAGGACAAACUCUACAACAUGCUGCUCCUACGUCUCUGCCGGUUCGUGCGAUGUUCUGUGGAGGAGGAUGAGGAGGAUUGUGAAGAGACGCAGUCGUCCAAACAGCACACUGUCAACGGCAAUGCCACUAAUGGACUGCUGGAGGAGGGGUCGCCAAGUGAGAUGGAGACGGAUGAGCAGGAUGACGAGUCCAGUCAGGAUCAGGAGCUGCCGUCUGAGAACGACAACAGCCAGUCAGAGGACUCUGUGGGCGGGGACAAUGAACUGGAGAACGGCAUGGUCGGUCCACAGAACUCCACCAAAGUCCAGCAGACGGCCGGGCACAACAGAAAGAGACUUUUUACAUUCCAGUUCAAUAACAUGGGCAAAACGGACUUCACCCUCAUCAAGGAGGACACCAGGCAGAUCCGGUUUGAUGAGGGACACCUUCGACUCAGUGACCGCUCUUAUCUCUCUUUGGACUGGGAACCGGAGAUCAAGAAGAAGUACUUUGACGAGACAGUUGUCGAGGACUUUGAUAAGCACGAGAGCAUGGAGUACAAGCCUCAGAAGAAGGCAUUCUUCAAGCUGAACGACUGCAUCGAACUGUUCACCACGAAGGAGAAACUGGGAGCAGAGGACCCUUGGUACUGUCCGAACUGUAAGCAGCACCAACAGGCCACUAAGAAGCUGGACCUGUGGUCUCUGCCACCGGUGCUGGUGGUCCAUCUAAAACGAUUCUCCUACAGUCGCUACAUGAGGGAUAAACUGGACUCCCUGGUUGACUUCCCACUCAGCGAUCUGGACAUGUCCGAGUUCCUGAUUAACCCCAAUGCUGGGCCUUGCCGCUAUGACCUCAUCGCUGUUUCCAACCACUACGGCGGGAUGGGUGGAGGCCACUAUACUGCUUAUGCUAAAAACAAAGAUGACGGAAAGUGGUACAACUUUGAUGACAGCAGCGUGUCGCCUGCCAACGAAGAUCAAAUAGUGUCCAAAGCAGGGUACGUGCUGUUCUACCAGCGCCAGGACACCGUGAAAGGCACUGGCUACUUCGCUCUCGACCGUGAGGAAGAGGAGGACGAGGAGGAGGAGGAAGAGGAGGGAGAAGAGGAGGAGAACGAAAAUGAGGAGAGGCAGGAGAGGAAGGGAGCCUCGUCUGCUUUAGGAGCCUCAUCUGCCGCAGCCGCCACCGUGUCCGCCUCCGCAUCCGCCUCCGCAUCCGCUUCUGCCUCCGCUUCUGCCUCUGCUUCUGCCUCCGCGUCUGCCUCUGCCUCUGCCUCUGCCUCGGCCUCGGCCUCCGCCUCCUCUGCUUCCGCUGCCCUGAGCGAUGAGGAGGACUUGAACGAGAACCGGCGCAGGAAGAACGACAAUGAGCAGGAAGACGAAGAGGAGGAGGAGGAGGAGGGGGAGGAAGAAGAAGAAGAAGAAGAAGGAGAAGAAGAAGAAGAGGAGGAAGAGGAGGAGGAAGAGGUGCCCAAUCGAGACGUCACCAUGAAAACCAACUGAGGCAAAUGAAAUAAAUGGAGAGAGAGAGAUUGGGAUCUUUCCAUCCAAAGCCAUAUGGACACACAGCAUGGCAGCGGGCGCCACCAGUCCCACCCAGCCGCUCGGAUUCGACCUCUCGACAGGCGGAGCCGCUGUGGGGAUGAAGGCUGUUUGGUCAGAGUGCUGCCGGGGUACGCAACAACGCUAAAAAAAAAAAAUAAUCAGGGCCCUCUGUGGUUGGAUCACUGUGUGUGUGUGUGUGUGUGUGUGUGUGUGUGCGCUCGUGCUCGUGUGAGAGUGUGUUGCCACGUCCAUCCAUUUACUUUUUCUAAAGGAUUUAGCUCACCUGCUCUCUGAAAAGAGUCACUGAACGUCACCUGCGGACCGACUCCGAGGCUUCACGCUCCUCCGUGCGGCGCUAUGAGUCUCCUCCUUUGCUUUUUGUUUUCCUUUGUUGUUCUUUUAUAAAUAUAUAUAUAUAUACA